AUGAGUCAAUUACUCAAUCAAGUACUUCAAGUGAAUAUGUAUCUUCAACCAUUACAGUUUUUACUUUCCAUUAUUGCGAAUACACUUAAUAUAUGUUUAUUAUGUUCUUGUACUCUUCGCUCAUCACCCUGUACACACUACUUUAUGGCGUAUGCUAUAUUUAGUAUUAUCUAUACUUGCCUUAUAUGCCCAUUACAAUUUUUACGUGGUUUUAAUAUCUAUUUGGUAAAUACACCAAUCGGUUGUAGACUGCACUUGUAUUUUGUAUUCUUACCAUCACUUUUAGCAAGAAUGAUGCUUGUACUAGCUUCAUUUGAUCGUUACUGUGCAAGUUUCCAACCACAGCGACUUAACUCGAGCAGUACAGUACGAAAAGCAAGAUUACUUAUUAUUAUUGCUACAAUAUUAUGUAUUACGUACAUGUCACCAUUGUUAGCCAUAUACCACCGGAAAGAAUCAUCGGGCACAUGUCUACAAGACUCAAAUCUACUGAUCAAUAUUUAUAUUUUCAGUCAAAUUCUUCUUUAUUAUAUUUCAGCACCUCUAUUAAUGAUUAUAUUCGGUCUGUUGACUAUAUCUAAUACUCGACGUCUUCUGACUCGCAUAGGACCACAGUUAAAUUUUGGACGCUGGCGUCGAACUGAAAGACAAUUAACUCGAAUGUUGCUUCUACAAAUGAGUAUUCAUCUUGUUCUUACCCUUCCAUUCGGUAUUAUUUACAGUAUGAAUGCGUUUGAUCCAUCAACAAUAACAUCUAAUAUUAUGACCGUUCGAAAUAUAUUAGUCAUAUGGCAACAAUGUGAUUAUUUUGUUUCAUUUUUUCUUUAUAUUUUUUCUGGAAGUGCUUAUCGUAAACAACUUGUUCACAUGUUAAAAUCUAUCAAACUUCGAAAUCGAAUAAUACAUCCAUUCAAAAAAUAA